UUUACUUUUUAUUAAAAAAAAUUUUGAAUUAAUACACAAAAUUUAUAAUAAUAAUGUUUAAUAAUCAUAAAAUUAUUAUUAAUUUUAUAGAUUUAUUAAUAUUUAUUUUUAUAUAUUAUCUUCUAUUCAUUCGUUCAUUAGAAAAUUUCAUUAUGUGAUAUUUAUAUAUCUUUUAACGAUAAAAAAUUUUCGUAUCAAAAUUUUAUUAUAUCAUUUAUAAAAUAAUAUUAUUUAAAAUGUUUUUAUAAAUAAUAUCAUAUAUAAAAUAAUUUAGUAACAAAUAAUUUUUUGCUUCUGAUAACAUAUAAAGCAUUACAAAUAAUUGCAUAUGCAAAAAAGAAAGAAAGAAACCUUAUAUAAAUGAUAACAAAGUAAAAGUAUAUUUUCGUUUUAGAUAAUAGUAACGCAAUCAUUCACAAUUUUUUUUUAUUGUAUUUCACAAUACCAUUUCACUUUUUAUUUUAUUAUAUUGAUGCAAUAAUUCUAAUUGAUUAAUAAUUUUAAAAAAUUUUAAAAAUUAUUCAAAUAAAAAACAUUUUUUAAUAUAAAAUUUUACGUAUACAUUUUUUAAAAACUUUUUUUAAAUCUUAAUUGAAAAUUAAGAUUUAUAUGAUUUUUAUUUAUUUAUAUUUGUAUAUUUUUAAAAUUUUAUGAUGCAUAAUUAGAGAAUAAAAAGUAAAAAUAGAGAAUAAAAAUGUAAAUUUAUAUUUGAUACUUUAAAAAAUAUUUAAAAAUUAAUCUCAAGUAGCAAAAUAUUUAAGCACUAUCGAUUUCUACGAGUUCAUGUAUAACAAGUACAAUAUGUGAUUUAAAUGUGGGCGCUAUAAAUCCAUUAAAUUCAUUCCAAAAAUAGAAUGAUUUUCUGUUCAUCUUGUUUCUUGUAAUUAUUGUAUCAAUCGAAAACGAAACAAUUAUUUAAAUUAUUAUUUAUUAUCCCUUCGCUUCUUUUAAUUGCUUUUUUACAUUUAUAUGCGCACGUGUAUGCAUUUUAUAUGUGUAUACUGUCAUUUGAGGUACCAAACGUAACCUUGAAAAGGCCACCCUCGAAGCAUAAGUUCAAUCAUAGCGGGUGAAGUAAUAUUUUUUUUUUUAUCUAUAUAAAUCUUAAGAAUUAUAUUAUGAUUUCUGAUUAUAGACAAACUUUGAUAAAAAUGACUUCGUGAAAGAUCGAAAAAUUAUUGAGAGUGAAAUUUAGUUGCUGAUAUAGGUACAAAUUAUAGGUUAGAAUAUAAUACGAUUCAUUAGUUAAAAAACUACGAAAAAUGUUUUUAAGAAAUUAGGCAGUGAAUGCCAGCGUUACAUGCAAUAAUUAUUUUAUUAAAAUCAACAUGGUACAACGUUCAGUGGCGCCUAGGCGCAAUGUUAGAAUUCUAUUAAUUGGUGAUCGCGGAGUCGGCAAGACUUCUUUAAUAUUAUCUUUAGUUAGUGAAGAAUAUGCAGAAGAUGUACCCUGUAAAGCGGAAGAAAUUACUAUUCCGGCUGAUGUUACACCGGAACAAGUACCAACACACAUUGUAGAUUAUUCAGCUGCUGAACAAACUGAAGAUCAAUUAACUGAUGAAAUUCAAAAAGCACAUGUAAUUUGUGUUGUAUAUUCUGUAGUUGAUGAGGAUACUUUGGACAGGGCAGCUACUUAUUGGUUACCAUUGAUUAGACGAUGUUCAUCAAAUAAUCGUUGUCCAAUUGUCCUUGUGGGAAAUAAAAUUGAUCUCGUUGACUAUUCUACGAUUGAGGCUGUAUAUCCUAUAAUGAAAGAAUUCACUGAAAUUGAAAGUUGCAUUGAGUGUUCUGCCAAAACAUUACAAAAUGUUUCAGAAACAUUUUAUUAUGCACAAAAAGCUGUUUUACAUCCUACCACACCACUUUAUAAUUAUGAUACUCAGGAGCUUACCGAAGAAUGUAAAAUAGCACUACAAAGAAUUUUUAAAAUAUGUGAUUUAGACAAUGAUGGCUUGCUAAAUGACAUGGAACUAAAUGCAUUUCAACAAUGGUGUUUUAAUACUCCAUUACAACCACAAGUAUUGGAAGAUGUAAAGGCUGUAUUAUCAAAAAAUAUUCAAGAUGGCAUUUGUUGCGGAUGUGUUACUAUGAAAGGUUUUAUGUAUCUUCAAUGUUUAUUUAUACAACGAGGAAGAAAUGAAACAACAUGGGCUGUGUUAAGAAAAUUUGGUUAUGACAAUGAAUUACAAAUGUCAAAAGAAUAUAUAUAUCCACCAUUAAAGAUUCCAGUUGGAUGUACGACUGAAUUAUCACAUAAAGGACAAGAAUUUUUAACAUUAUUAUUUAUGCAACAUGAUCGAGAUCGAGAUGGUGCACUUUCUCCAUUAGAAAUGGAAUCAUUGUUUUCACGAUGUCUAACUCCACCUUGGGGAGAUGAAUAUAAAUAUAUUGUACCAACUAAUGAAAAGGGAUGGAUUACAUUUCAAGGAUAUAUGUGUCAAUGGUCAUUAUUGACUCUUACAAAUGUGCGAAAAACUUUAGAAUACAUGGCAUAUUUAGGUUAUAACAUGUAUAAUAAUGAAUGUCAAACAAAUGCAAUUGUAGUUACUCGUGAAAAAAAAUUAGAUUUAGCAAAAAAACAGUCAAGUAGAAAUGUUUAUAGUUGUCAUGUAAUUGGUCCAAAAAGUAGUGGAAAAACAACAUUAUGUAGGACAUUUAUUGACCCUAAGCUCGAGAAAUUAACCGAAGAAAUUGUGCCGCCAAGUUCGCAUAUUACUGUAAAUACAGUACAUGUGUAUGGUCAGGAAAAGACAAUAAUUUUACGAGAUAUAAAUAUACUUAAUGUUCAGGAUGCUCUAACUCCAGCACAAAUUCAAUGUGAUGUGGCAGCUCUUGUUUAUGAUGCUAGUAAUCCCAAAUCAUUUGAAUAUAUUGCACGGAUUUAUAUUAAAUAUUUUGCAGAUAGUAAGAUUCCUGUUCUUAUAAUAGCAAAUAAAAGUGAUCUUUCCGAAGUAAAACAAGAUUACUUGCUACAGCCAAUAAGUUUUUGUAAUAAAUAUAAAUUAAUGCCACCGCAACCUUAUAGCAUCUCUCGUACAAUACGACGUGAAAUCUUCGUUAAAUUAGCAACAAUGGCAGCUUUCCCCCGCUUUCAAGGAGCAUGGGUAUUAUUUUACAGAGACAGUCGUUUGAGGCGAAUGGUCCACAUGUUGCUUGUCAAACCCUCACCCACUCAGUGGUGGAAUUCUUUUACAAGACACAUAAAUCAAUUUGGAUUACUACAAGGAGAUUCAAUUGUCUGGUGGAAAGCUGGUCUUGGAAUUGCAGUUGCUACCGUUGCAGGUUUUGUGGUGAUGCGUGUCUUAAAUACAGAAAAAAGAUAGUCUACCAUAUUUCUUUUCUUGCACAUUUAACUGCCUCUUUACUUCAAGUAUAAAGCCGUCUUUAAGAAACGCGUUAAGUUAAUAAACAAUGUUCUUAAAUCAGUAA